AUUAGGGAUGUUUGAAAUAAAAUAAACGUUUUCCACUUGCAGGUAAUAGAGAGAGUUGUAUAGAGUACAACAAUUCAUCAGGUUAAGUGAGCCACAUGCAUUUAUAUAUAUAUUUGCAAAUAUGGUGCAGUAGGGCUAGUUUGAAGCUUUGGGUUGCUGUAAGUUUAUUUCUCUCGCGAGAGUUGCGUUUGGCAACGGUGAGUGACGUAUCAGGAAGUUUACAUACCGACAAGAAACGUGAGGUCAUGUAUGAAUCUCUGUGAACACAUUGAAGUCGGCUUUUGAAAUGUCUUCUAUUUUAAUCAAUGCCCUUUUAUCAAGUUGCCAUGAUCCGGAUACUUUGUUUAACACGUUGCGCUGGCCAACUGACUCGUGGCCGGACACAGAAAGAGUAGAGGCACUGACAACGUUUAUUGAUGGAAUUGGUAAACUACCCCAGUCUGACACAUCUGACGAUGGCGACAAAGUUGCCUUUUCAAUUGCAAAAAGAGACAUCUUUCUACGAAAAGUUGAAUCGAUCAUUUGGACACAAUGUUUACCACUUCUCUUGAAAGUCUCUAACGGAGACGGGGCGUGCAAAGGUAAACGUGUGCCAGAUGGAAGGGCUGAAAUCACCAUCGCUGUGUGCAGGCUUCUUUCUGUCUGCAUCAACACACUGUGUGACACGGCAGUUUCGGGGCGAGUCGCCCGCGCUGUCCUGCCAUCCUUCCAGCUGCCAGACGGGGAGACAGAGGAAGAGCUUCCCGGCCAGGGUGAGGGGCGGCUGGGUAUCGACGUGGCUAUCGAAGCCUUGUCAGUCAUCCUACCCGCUCUCUCAUCCAACGAAGAAUUGACCACGUCGAUCCUCUCAUCUGCCCUGUCCUGUAUCAAGACGUUGCCGGAUGCUCUGGUCUCCAAAAUCACCGUUCGGCUUAUUUUCACUCUCCUCAACUGCUACAGCGAGGAUGGGAUAGCGAGUAAACUCCGGUUCAUUUUAGAGGAUUUGUGUAGUUGGCACAAGAGUGACAGCUCAAACACGGACUCACCUGUGGUGACAGAACGCGCCUUGCUGUGUUUAACAACUCUCUCGGACUAUCUCUUCUCUCCGGCUAAACUACAGCAACACACCCUUCCUCAAAGUCUGAGCUAUACUCGACCUGACCCUCGUCGUUCUCUGCAGUUCUGGAGGAUUCUACAAGAUGGACUGACGCACAAAGACAACGUGUCCCGGAAACGGGCGUUGUACCUGCUGAAAAGGUGUGUCGCUCUGUCAGAGGAUGAGGCGGUUGAGUUUCCAAGCAGUUCAGUGUCAAGUGAAGAUAAUGAGGAGAUCAUAUUCAGAUGGGCCCCAGACAGAUGCAAGCUGCUCAGAGAGUUCUGGGAGGACUAUGCCUUGGUUAUGGAGACACUGGAGGAGAACCAGAUUCACGUGGUCCGCCCUGUGCUCAACAGGAUCCAUACGUUGAUCCAAACAGCAGCCAAUGAUAGUCAAGGCGUCAGUCUGUUCCACCCGUCAUGGCUGCUGGGUGUGUACCAGCGUAUGUUCCACAGUGAGAACAAGUCCGUCAUGAGAGAGGGAGUGGAUCACCUACUGGAACUCCAGGUGCUCCGACGCCCUGCCUUCUCCCUGGCCUUCUCACAGUUCAUUCUGGGUCCUUUCAUGGAUGUGAUGUCUGAAAGCUCCCUCUUUCACAGGACUGCAGGACAGAGUGUAGGAGAGUGUCCUGAGCUGGGAGUCAAGCUGCAGGUCUUCAUGGUCACGUUCUUCAGCAGCCUGCCACAGGAGAACAGAGGUCCUGUGUUGCUGCAGCUUGUCCAGCGGCUAGGUUCUCAACACUGGUGUGCUGUCCCCAUCCUCUUCCUCUCUCGGGCCCUGUCCCACCUUCCUCCCUGCCCUCUCCUGGGCCCUGAUGGCCUGCAAGCUCUCAGGGAGGUGCUCCGCUGCACUAUGAUCACCCACCAGGUGCUACUGAGAGGAGCUGCCCAGUGUUUCCUGCUGAACAGUGCCCUCUCCCUGACAGAUGUGACCUUAGUGACAUUGGAUGAUGUGUUUAGUUUGCUGGUGCAUUUCAGAGCAGACGAGUCUCUACGUAGAGGAACACCCCUCUGGAAUCAGCUGUGUGACUGGCUGGCUGACAGUGAAGGCAGCUUCAGGCCCUGUGUCAGAGAAUCAGCUGAUGGUACCAGUACUUCUCCAGAGGGAGAGACUGUGAGAGGCUACAUCCAACAACAAAUGGAGCUCUUCCUCAGAGUCCCAGCUAGCACAGACCAGACAGACAGUGUCCCAGACCCAGGAGAGGCGGAGCUGCUAGCCAAGGCCAUCCUACUGUGUGUUGACAUAGAGGGGAGGACUCAGAGGUCUGGAGGAGAGCAGACUACUGGUGUCAGCGGUGGGAUGGACUCGCUCUUACGCCCCCUACUGGACACACUGAGCAGGCUCCACACUAAUGUCUACCUGCCGCUACGCAAGACAGACAAGAGCCUGCAGCUGCUGCUACGACUACUGCAGCUCACACCAGCCAGACACACCCCUGCUGCAGUACUGCAGCUCACACCAGCCAGACACACCCCUGCUGCAGUAGAGAAAGAACAAGAAGACAGUGUGACGGUCUCCAUGGAAACAAUGGUUCUGGGCGUGGUGGAGCCCAUUCAGGAGUUUAUCCUCCGAAGACUGAGUGGAGAACUUCAGGAGCUAUGUGAUGUAGAGCGUGCUGAGCUCUACCUGUCAGUGCUGAAGGAGGUGGUGCUGAUGUACAGUGUGUUAGAGUGGAACCACUCCAAGGUACAGGAGGCCUAUUUCCCCAGACUCCUCAGAUACGUCCUGAGGACCCUAGAAGCUGACCAGAUCCCCUCUGUGGCGGGUCAGGUGUCCAGGGCCGUUGCCAUGGCGUCGUUGGCCAUGACCUGUGAGGUUGCAGCGUUGGGAGUGUUCAACCUCCAAUCAGAGACCACGAUUCUACUGGUCCAUCUGUCUAGCUACUUCUACUCCCCUGCUCCACCCCCAGCCCCUCCUCUCUCUCUGGUCAACUUCAACCAGACCCUGCUGAAACCUCCAACUGCAGCUCAGUCAACAGGUGUUUCAGAGCAGGGUCCUCUCCUCAAGGACUGGGGCCGUAUGGCAGCUCAUUUCAUCCGGGACCAGUGGACGUGCCUGGGAUACUGGAGGAGAAUAGGCCCACCCGGGCCCCUGGAGCUCCCCAGGGCGUCAGGGUCCCUCCAGGCUGCUAUAGAGGCUCUGUCUCUGCUACCCAGUGGCCUGGUACUGCCUGUACUGGACUUCAUGGCCUCCAUGUUGCCACAGGUGGCGCUGUCUGAGGAGGCCCUGUGUGUAGAGGCUGUGACUGUCUCCUGGAAGCUGGUGCUGGGACUGAGCAGUAACCCUCAUGACUUCUGGCCCACCCUGCAGGGCUUUGUGACCAUGGCCUUUCACCACAGCCUGCUGGAGUUAACAAAGGAGCAGGCACCUGGGCUCACUGUUACUCUACAACAGAUAGCCGUUGAGUUGAUGGACCUCUCCCAGGCCAAGACCGGUGUAUUCAACGUUCUGAUCCAACACUGCUGCCACACCUGGCUGCCCUCUGACCCAGGAAGUGAAGGCCAGAGCCAAUCAGAUGCCAUGUUCUCCAGUGCCCUACUGCACCUUGACAUCCUGGCUGAGGCAUGUGUGUAUGGACCUGUGUUCAGGAGGGACCAAAGGCUGAUCCAGGAGGUUCAGGUCUAUGUGGAGAGGCUUGGAGAGGAGUGUGCUGCUAACACUGCAGUCCCCAGUGAUAACCGGGAUGACCAGUUCCCACGUGUGUGUGUCGUGGCGUUCCUCAGCCGCCUCCAGCCCUCCAAUCAGCUGCAUGAGAGACUGAUGGAAGAACUGGUUCUCUGCUUGCUGAAAAAGGAUGAGGCCAUAUCGAAGUCAAAACAGCGUUACUAUAGCAACUCCCUGCAGCAUCGUGUCAAGAACAGGGUGUGGCAGACACUACUGAUGCUGCUGCCCAAACUGAGAGGGGAGUUUGUAGGUACUGUUCUGGGUCGUGUGUUUGAGGCAGGUUUCGUCAGUAACCAGGCCUCAGUCAAGUACCUGAUAGAGUGGAAGAUGGUUCUAAUCCUAGUCCAGUAUCCUGAACACAUAGACCGACUCUGGGCCUGCUUCAGUGUGGAUCAGGAGAAGACCAAGACCAGUGUCUGUACCUUCCUGUCUGUGUUGGUCCACCUCAACAUCAUCAUGCCUCAACUCAAGGAGAAGGCAGUACAGUGGCGUAAGGCCCUGGAUGUUAUACUCCAGUGGUGUUUCAGCCAUAACUUCAGUGUUCGUCUGUACGCCCUGCUGGCCCUGAAGAGGGUGUGGGGUCUGGAGGGGGCGAGGGCCGAGGCCGAGGAGGGGGCCGGGGGGGCGGAUGGGCUCGGGGGGCUGGCCACCGUCGUUAAGGCCUGUCUGCACCAGGCUGAGGCCAUGCAGAGUACUGGAAAUGCCAGUAAGAACUGGAGCAGGAUUCAGGACCACUUCUUCUUUGGCGUCUUUCAUCCUGUUAGAGACUAUAGUGUGGAAACCAUAUUCUACACAUUCCCCAGCCUAUCAGAGGUGUUUGAGGACGAGUGGAUUCCGCCCUGGAAGUUUGAGAAGUUGGUGGACUUCUCCCAGAGUGCAUCUCUCCCGUUGAGGAACCCUGUCCCUGACCUAAGCCAGAUUCAGCCUGGAGACUGGAUCCAGCAGGAUAAAGGGGAUCAGGAUGGUGUGGAGCGCUGGGCCGAGGUCCAGAAGAAGAUGACCCCCUGGAGGUUGGGGAUCCAGGAACAGGAGCCAGAGCUGGGUCUGGUGCCCCAGCAGAGAGCAGCACGCCUGGGCAAGCUGCACAGUGCCCUCCUGGUGGUUGCCUCGCUCAUAGACAAGCCCACCAACCUGGGAGGUCUGUGUAGGACGUGUGAGAUCUUUGGGGCCAGUGCUCUGGUGUUGGACAGUCUUCGCCACGUCAGUGAUAAACACUUCCAGGCCCUGAGUGUCUCCUCUGAGCUAUGGCUCCCCCUACUGGAGGUGAAGCCCGUAGAACUAGCUGACUUCUUGCAGCUGAAGAAGAGGGAGGGCUACUGCAUUGUGGGAGUGGAGCAGACAGCCAAUAGUCAGAGUCUAAAGGACUACAAGUUCCCUGUGAAGACUCUGUUACUGCUGGGUAAUGAGCGUGAGGGUAUCCCAGCUAACCUGCUCCAGCUGCUGGAUGUGUGUGUGGAGAUCCCUCAGCAAGGUGUCAUCCGUUCCCUCAACGUACACGUGAGCGCCGCCCUGCUGGUGUGGGAGUACACCCGCCAGUACCUGCCCUCUACUGGAGUGAAGUCAGACUGAAAUAGGGAGGAAUGACCUGGAUGAUAAGAAACAGAUGUUUUCACUCUGUUGUAAAGCGUUUUUUAAAAAUGUUUUCCAUUGCGUGCACUAAUGAACAUGGCCCUAGUGUGGGGUAAACCCACCAGUACCUGCACCCUACUGCCCCCGCUGCAGAGUAGGGUUAAGUUGCCCCUUUACAUUGUAGUCAUUAAGCAGAUGCUCUUAACCAGAGAGACUUAUAGUAGUGAGUACAUGCAUGCUCAUACUGGUCCCCCGUGGGAAUCAAACCCACAACUCUGGUGUUGCAAGCACCACACUCUACCAACUGAGCUACAUGGGGCCUUUCCCACUAAUGGUUAAGGUUAGAAGGGGAAGCUGAUCCUAUAUCCCCCCCCCUACUGGCCCUGCCGCUGGGGUGACCUCUGAACCUGGAGCCUCUUUGUGAUAACUGUGGUGUGAAGUUGCCCCUAGGCACAGAUCUAAGAUCAGCUUGAAUGCCCUCCCCAAGUCCUAACCUUAACCAUUGGAGGGGAAAACGUGCCACUGACCCAACAGAAACCCAGUGUCAACCUCACCCUACUUCAGCCCUCUGAGAUCUGGUCAUGAAGGAAAGGAGACUAGGAGAGGAAUCAAUCUCAAUACUAUUGAUAUGCUGUUCAAACCAGAGAGUUUCUUGUUAUUGUCAAAGUCCCACCUCAGGCAGGUGUCAGUCAUCAAAGGAGAAACCAUUACUUAGCUCUUCCAUAUUUUUAAAAUGAAUUUGAUCAUUUUUUUAACCCAUUUUAAAAUGCAGCCUUAACCCUCUAAUGGGCCAUAGAUCUAGAGAAUGGAUGUUAGUCUUACAAGUGGUGACUUGUUAUUAGACCUAGAACCCAUCUCAGAACCCAUCUCAGAUCCAUUGGAGGGUAUUCCGCUUUAGCCGUGGCUAGAUAUUACAUUAGAAUAUUCCAAUGCGUUUGUCGUUUGGACAGGGUCAUGUUUCCAAGUGCUUUCCCAGUAAAGCAGCAGACACUUGAUUUUCCCCGAGUCUCUGUUUUUUUCUGUGUGGUAUUAAAUAUUGAACAAUGUUUUUUUUUGGAGUGGAGAAAUUGUUGGAAAGUAAUGCAUCUUUUUAAACAAAUAAAACAAUUGUUUCGUAA